CGUAGACAAAUAGCUAUUGUUCCUAAACGCGAGGUGUAUCUCUUGUCUUCCGAAGUUACGUGAAAAGAAACAUAUGAAUGGAGAAACAAUCAGUAUAUUUUUAAGUUAGACCCACUGCAAUACAAUAUUCUAAUCGACCAAAAAAAAUCGACAAGCGUUGAAAAUGAACGACGAUCUAUCGCGAGAUGUGGCCGAGAAUGUUGCAGCGAGCACAGUUGAACAUCACGUCAUGGACAUUUUGAAUCCCAGGUUGCAUCAUCACGAUUUGUUACAAAGUUACGUGCGAACACGCAUGGAAAUUGGCUCCGAUUCGAAACAGGACGUCGAAGAAUUCGAGGACUCGAACAAGGAGACGCAUUCGAGCAAGACAAACGGCAGUGACAAUCGUAAGGACAAUUUUCGCUACGACGGAAGAAAAAAGAAGAAUAAUGACAAGAUCGAAAGGGAGAGGUCUGAUAUCGCCAGCGUCGAAUCGGAGAUGAGGCUUCAGAAGUCGAGGAAAACAUGACGCCAAUGUGACGG